AUGACAGAUGAUCACAAUCCCCGUAAGCGUCGUCGCCUUGACGCGACUGCCACACUUUCAAAGCCAUUCAAAUCACCACUUCGCAGACCUCCCACGGAAUCAUCCAAUUUGACACCUUUGACGUCACACCCAGCCACUCAGCAUGAAACUCAACCAGCCUCCCCAGACAACUCCAGUCAACUGUUGGACCAAGCUACACCUACGCCGAGGUUAUCAUCGGUGGCUCGCCGUAAAAACAUACCGGGGUCUGGUCUGACUACACCCAUACGAUCUCCAGCCGACCCAGCGCUUUUAGACUUACAAAGGCAGCAACUCUCGCUUCAAUCCCGGAUUAUCACCCUCAAGGCUGACCACGACACGAUACGGCAAGCACUUCGAAUUGAAGCUUCUGAUAAAGAUACCGAGCUGGAAGCAUUGAUAAUCAAAUGGCGUCGUGCCGGUCAGGACGCAGCGGAGGAAGUAUUUGCUAAUUCUCAAGAACGCGUGGUUCGAAUGGGCGGAAUGGCAGCUUGGAUGGAGCGCAGCAAACGUGAUGCCGUUCGAUGGGAUGAGGAUGAUUCACAGGUUCAACAUGAGCCAGACCAGAGGAGUGAGCCGAGUGCAGAAGAUGAAGAGACACGCGACGAGGUUAGCUUUGGUUGA